AUGUCGGAUCAGAAAGAAGACCGUAAUAGUGAUCAGGACGACGACUUUCAGCCGCCAACAAAGAUGAGACGCAUUGGUUCCAAAAAGCUUACCACUAGUACUAGCCAGCUUGACAGCAGAUUUGCUGAAAAGACGAGUACGGACAAAGUACAGGAGUACAGCAAGGCAUGGAGAAGCAAUCGAAACAAGGAUGCUUCACAAGAAGAGCAGGUACCCACAGACAUUCUCUCAACGAAGGAUUCACAACUUUUGCAAGAGUGGCUAAUAUGCUUCCUACUGGAGGCGAGGAAGACCAACGGUGACAAAGAAGACAGUCUAUGGAAGAAGGGAGUAAUUGGCUUAGACACACCUGUAAAACUACUGAGGGCAGUAUUCUUUUAUAAUGGGAUAAACUUUGCUCUUCGAGGUGGUGCGGAGCACAGAAGCCUCAAAUGGAGUCAGGUGACUAGAUGCAGCCAAACCACAGACGGAUUGUCAAAAGUCUGUUACAUUUAUGUUGAGCACGGAUCCAAAAAUCAUAGUGGUGGACUACGUGAUUUACGGCAUCCAAACAAAAAAGUCACAAGAUACGCUAAUGAAGAAGCUGGUGACCGUUGCCACGUAAAAAUUUUGGAUCUCUAUCUUAGUAAGUUGCCAGCAGGAUUUUCUCGAGAAGCCUUCUAUUAUAAACCUUUGUCGUCUACUCCUUCAUUUGGUCCUUGGUAUUCAAAGCAAGUAAUCGGUCAUAACACGUUGGCUACAAUGAUGAAAGUGAUGACAGCUGAAGCUGGUCUUCCGGUUCGAACCGACCACGCUCUUCGAGCUACUAGUGCGACAAGGCUGUUUCAAGUGGGAGUUCCCGAACAUGUAAUUCAAGGCAGAACCGGCCACAAAACCUUGCAAGCACCGAGACAAUAUCGAGAGCCAUCCGAAUUGCAGCAAAUGGCAGCGUGCAAAGUUUUGGACAAUGGCCAUGGACACACCGAUUACACUGACGCAAAAGUCAAGGAGUCCGGAGAGACAACGGAACAGGCAGAUGAGCUGAAAGUAGUCGAGGUCGAACAGCCGUCUGAAACGGGAAGACAGAAUCCGGCGCCAUUUGUCAUUUCUGACUGCGUCUUUACAAACUGCAGUACUGUGAACAUUAUUAUUGGUAAAGAAUAAGCUUGUAAUCUAAAAUAGGUAUGCCCAUGUAUUGAUUGCUAGUUGGUUUGCAGUAUACAGAUUCUGACCGGUCAAUAUACGUUUAU